GUUGUGGCGGUCGGUCUGCGCCUCCCUCGACGGCCGACGGCCGCGCGAUGGGUGUUCCCGAGACGCCCGCUCGCGCAGAGGCCGCCGAUGGCGCGGAGGCGCCCCCCGCGCCGGGCCCGCUGGGCGCCGGCGGCGCGGCCGCGGGCGAGCCCGCGCUGCGGCUCGAGGUGGUGCGCAGCGCCACCGGGCACGUGGCGGGGCAGGUGCGGGCGCUGGGCGAGGCCGAGUUCAAGGAGGACGUGCUUGAACUCGUGUUUUGCGGCGGCAGCUGGGAGGGGGCAGCCAUGCUUCAGGGCGAAGACUUCGUGGGCUUCGUCGUCUACGGCUGCUACAGAGGCACCAUGGCGCUCAGGCACAUGGCGGUCACGCCCGGGCACCGGGGCCGGGGCCACGGCCUCGCUCUGGUGGAGCACGUGCGGGGCCGCUGCCUGGAGCAGGGCGUCGAGGAGAUCGGCCUCUUCGCCUCGCCCGAGGCGCUGGGCUUCUACCGGGCCCUCGGCUUCCACGAGGUGGUCGGCGAGGACGGCGAUGCAGACGACGACCUGCAGAUCCCGAUGGCGCGCCUCGCCGCGGGGCCGCUGGCGCCAGGGCGACGGCUGGGUGAGGCACCCGGCCUGCCGCUGCAUGGCGCGGGCGCCUGACGCCCACCCGCGCGGGCACCCGCUCGGGCGCCGGCCUUCCUCGGGGCCCUGUCCGCAGGGCGUGAGCUCUCUCGCUGCGGCUGCGCAAAGGUGCCGCGACUUCGUUUGGCGACUCGGCACGACCGCGCCGGAUCGUCGUCGUUAUUUCCGGGGCGUCCCC